AUGGCGGAAAAAUUGUCCCUCACUUUUAUUCCUUCUCAUAUUAAUUUGACUUAUGGCAGUAUUGAUCAAAAAAGACUUCUGAAUAAAUACAAAAUAGGGGAUAGGAAAAAUUAAAGGAUGGAUGGGGGAACUAAUAAAAUAAUAAUGAUUAAAGAAUAUGAAAAUUAAUAAAUAAAUUGA